AUGUCAAAAAAACGACCCACCUCCCUCUCCCGCUCCUCCUCCUCCUCCUCCUCAACCCCCUCCCUCAUCAACGUCUCCUUCGAUUUCUUCAACCCAAACCCUAAAAUAGACUAUCACGCCCUCACGCGGCUCCUCUCACAGCUCUUUUCAAGGGACGCGGAGUAUUUGAAGGUUAGGGAGAUUGUGGAGUUGGUGUUGGGACAGACGAGGGUUGGGACGACUGUUAAGACUGCGGUGGAGGAGGGAGAGGAAGAGGGGGAUCCGUAUGCUUUGUUGAGUGUUUUGAAUUUGAAUGUGCAUUUGCAUGGGGGCAAUGCGGGUGUGCAGGCGGUUGUUGAGUAUGUCCUUGGGAAGGCGGCUGAGGCUGGGGGUGAGGCGGGGGUUGGGUUGUGUGAGGAGUUGAAGAGGCUUUUGAUGAAUGGGCAAGGGGAGAACGGGGGGAGACAUGUGGGAUUGGUGAUUUGUGAGAGGUUGGUUAAUAUGCCUGUGCAGGUUGUCCCGCCGAUGUAUAGGAUGUUGGUGGAUGAGAUUGAUGCUGCUUUGAGAGAUGGCGAACCGUAUAGGUUCAGUCAUCUGUUGUUUAUAUCCCGCGCGUAUCAUCUUUCGGAGGAAGAGGAGGCGAUGCUUGCGCAUUCAUCGACGACGAGGCGGCAACCGAAAUCGAAGAAAAUGCGGCAUGCGACGAGUGAACGGCAGCAGCAACAGGAGAGGCCGCGUGAUGGGGUGUAUUCGUUUCAUCCUGAGGAUGAUCUUAUAUCUCAGGUAUCCUCGCACACGCUAACGUACAAUUAUACCACACCUGCCCCGACGGAGAGGGGGAGGGAGGCGUUUGGGUUGGAUGUGCGGGGACGGAUGAUGUUGGUUCCGCUCGUUGACGCGAACGGAGAUGAGAAUGGGGCGUUGAGGAGGUUGGUGGAUAGGAUGGGGGAGGUGUAUUCUACGGGUUAA